AUGUGCUGUGACUUCUGGCAGCCAAAGCAGCCUCUCACCACCAAAGUGCCCUCUGUGACCUCAGUCCCAGGGGAAAGGACACACCCGGGAAGCCCUUUGUUCUCAGUCAGCCACACUCCCUCCAGCUGGGAGAAAGUGGUGGUAAAUGGCUCUGAUGGGGCUGGUGUCCCUGCUCCCUGGCAGGUGUCUCUGAAGCUGGACAUGAUGCUGGCAGAGGGCCGAGGCUGUCCCAGGUUUGCUGUCCUGCUUCUUGGACUCUGGGUGCUGCUGGCCCAGGUCCUGUGUUCUCAGGGCCGGCCCUCCUGGCGCUAUGUGUCCUCAGAGGUGGUGGUGCCCCAGAAGGAGCUGUACCAGGGCUACAGUACUCCCCUUCCCGGCUGGCUCUCCUAUAGCCUGCACUUUGGGGGCCUGAGACGUGUGAUCCGCAUGAGGCGAAAAAUGCUGUUAGUCCCGGGCCCACUGCUGCUGCUGACUCAGGAUGUACGGGGCACCCUGCAAACUGACUACCCCUUCAUCCCCACUGACUGCUACUACCUAGGCUACGUGGAGGAGACACCGCUGUCCACGGUGACCCUGGACACGUGCUAUGGGGGCCUCCAUGGCAUCAUGAAGCUGGACGACCUCACCUUUGAGAUCAAGCCCCUCAAGGGAUCCCAAAGGUUUGAGCAUGUGGUCUCCCGGCUGGAGGCUGACCCCCAGGCCAUGAGACCAGUGGUGCCCCUUGAGGAGGAGGAGGAGGAGGAGGAGGGCCUGGAGUUCCUGUUUCCUCAACUGCCAUCCAAGCUCUACACAGCCCAUCAAGGCCACAUCCAAGGUCUCUUCAUGAGCUCCUUCUCCACUUACACCCUCUUUGGCAAUGUGACCGAGUGCAUCCGGUUCCUAGUCCGGAUGAGCAGCUUGAUAGACACCUUUGUACGUGGCGUGGAUCUCCGCGUCUACGUUUCUAUCUUGCUCAUCUUUAACAUGAAGGAACCGGUGAAGAUGGACGAUUACCGAGUGCCAGGAAGCCCCUUUCACACCUACUAUAGGUACUUUAUCUACCUGGAACUAACCCCCGAUGCUGGGAUUAUAGUGAUUCGAGGGCGGCCUCCACAGAAGGAUUUCUUGGCUAGGUCACACUCUAUCUGUAAAGAAGACAGCCUCAUCAUGCUCAGCCAUGGAGACAGGCAUUUCUUCUUGCUGGCUAUCGCUGCUACGAGCCACCUGGGCCGUGUCCUGGGCCUGAAUUAUGACACGCCUGAGUGUGUCUGUCAGAGGAGAAGCACCUGCCUCAUGUCCAGGUUCCCUGAGCUGGCCGACACCUUCAGCAACUGCUCCUUGGCCCAGAUGGGAUCUCUGUUUCACCACACGCACGGCAGGUGCCUGUUCCGCGGCCUCAGCACUUUCCCGAGCACGACCCUCACCCGUGAUCGUUGUGGAAACCGGGCCGUGGGCCGCUGGGAGGACUGUGACUGCGGCUCGUUCAAAGAGUGCUCUCAGGAUGCCUGCUGUACCAGCGAGUGCAGGUUCUCGCCUGGGACUAAGUGUGCUGUGGGUGCCUGCUGCCAGAGCUGUGGGUUUGCCCCUGCGGGCACCCUGUGCCGACCCAUCGCAGAUGUCUGUGACCUCCCUGAGUACUGCCUGGGCACCAACUAUACAUGCCCCGACAACACCUACAUCCAGGAUGGGACACCAUGCUCUGAGGACAGUUACUGCUUCCGGGGGAACUGCACAGACCGCACUAUGCAGUGCCAGGAGAUCUUCGGCCCAGAGGCCCGAAACGGUGAUGGUUGCUACAUGAUCAACACAUUCGGCUCCCGGUUCGGACACUGUGGAAGGAACGAGGCCAGGGUGCCCCAGAAGUGUGACUGGGCAGAUGUGACAUGUGGGAGGCUGCAGUGCACCAACGUCACCCAAAUCCCACAACUGCCAGAGCAUGUGGGCUUCCACCAGUCACUCGUGCAAGCAUCCCUGUGUUUUGGGCUGGAUGAGCACCGGGCAACACCAGUAGCCGACAUGGGCCAAGUGCAAGACGGAGCCCCCUGCUUACCUGGAAAGUUCUGCCUGGAUGGCAAAUGCAAAGGAGAAAUGUGGAAAAUAACCUAUGACUGUACCCCCGAAAAGUGCAGUUAUCGAGGAAUUUGCAAUAAUUACAAGAGCUGCCAUUGCAGACCAGGCUGGAACCCCCCGAGAUGCAUAAACCCAGGGCCCGGGGGCAGUGUGGAGAGUGGACACCCACGGUUCCGGCUCCGAAGCCAGUUCAUAACACAGAACCGAGCAACACUGGAGCUGCUGAGAAUCAUGGCCUCUCGCCUGUAUAUGUUUAUUUGCUCACUGCUUCUCGGUGUGGCAGCCAACACAAAGACAAUCCUAAAGGACAGUAAAACAGAAGAAAAGGAAGAAAAGAAGGCAAAGGUGUGA